AUGCCCAACGCAUUCGUCAGUGAGGGUGACUGGAGCGACCACACCCGCUCCCACCCUGCCCUCGAGUGGUUCGAGCCCGUCGUCACCAACAUCUUCGACAAGAAAGCUUUCGACACUCCGUACUCAGAAAUCUACACCGACGACAUGAACUUCACCAAAUCCGACGGCACCGUCGUCCACGGCGGCAAGGCUGCGUGGGCCGAGGUCGCCAACCUAUGGGCCCCAUGUGCCUCGUACCGCACUGUGCCAGAGUACGCCGUCGUGACCGAGACAGAUUUCGGCUGGGAUAUGCUAAGCACAGCGCACUCAUACAUGAACCUGCUGGCGCCCGGCAACGAGCGCAAAGUCAAGGACGAGCACGGCCAGGAAUGGGACUUGAAGAUCACGGCGGGCUGGCGCUUCCAGUUCAGAAAGGACGCCGGGGGAAUCAGCAACGGCAUCCGAAUUCAGAAGAUCCAGAUGACCAUGGACUCGCUGCCGGCGGUCGCGCUUAUGGUCAGGCGGGGGAUGGUCAAGCCGGAGGAGAGCUUCUUGCUGGGUAGGGGGGCGUGA